GCCAGCCUGAAUCAGCGACGGCUUCCGGUCUCAGCAGCUGCUCGGCCACCAUAUUGGGGUUUGUUACAGGAAUCGCCUUGGCCGCCGACAGAAGCAGAAGCUCGGCUGUCUUAUUUCCUUUCUGCCCAUAAAGAGAGAGAAGCUUUUGGAAGGCAGGGCUGUAUCUGCCCCGAGCCUCUAUAGGCCUUAGGCCUGGAUCAGGCCAAGAAGAGCCAGGAGGGCAAGUUGGUUAUUAUCUUUGAUACUGGCAUUGAAUGUUUGCCUUGUGCUGUCGAAGGCUUUCAUGGCCUGAAUCACUGGGUUGCUGUGAGUUUUCUGGGCUGUAUGGCCAUGUUCCGGAAGCAUUCUUUCCUGACGUUUUGCUCACAUCUAUGGCAGACAUCCUCAGAGGUUGUGAGAUUGCCUGGGUCACUGCAUAUCCUGAAGGCACCAGAUCCUGUCUGAUCUCAGAAGCUAAAAAGGGACAGAUCGCAUUAGUAACUGGAUGGGAGACAGCCAUGGAAACCAGGGUCUGACAUUUCUUGAGGACUUGGCAACGAACCUAAAAGAGAAGUGGGGAAAGCAAAGAGGAUCCUCAAGUGACAUCAUGGAGGAGAAUGGUGAAGAUGUGGCCUCCCUGGCGGCCUAUAUUUCCACAGAUGGCAGUUAUACAGAGACCGUGCCGAUGCCGAAUCAUGGCACAAUGACGGCUUCUUCGCAGGGUUCUUCCUCUGCCACCAAAUCCAGGCGCCAGCCUGUUUGGACCGAUGAGGAAACCCGGGCCUUCAUCCAGGUAUGGGGCGAUGACGCUGUUCAGGGAGCCCUGGCAUCAAACUACCGCACGGUGGCACAGUUCCAGUGGAUAGCGGAUGAAAUGCGAGCCCGGGGUUACAACAGGGACUGGGAGCAGUGCCGGGAGCGUGCCAAGGUGCUUCGGCGAGGCUUCAAAGAGAUAGUGGACGGGAACAGCAAUGCUGGACAUGGGCGCCGCGUCUGGCCGUAUUUUGAAGAACUUAACCGCUUUCUUUGCAUUAAGCAAAAUCUAGUUGUUCCACGGCUUUCAGGGAGCAACCCCAGGCCGCCUGUUGAUCGCCGGCGACGGGAGCACCGGGAAACGCAGGAUGCAGCCUAUGAACCACCUCUGUCAGUCGGGAAAACUGACAAAGGGACCUUUGAAGAGCCCGAUGGGGACUGUCUACUGUUGCCUGAAUCUGCUGGAUCACACCAGAGCGAAGCUAAUAUGGACAACCAAGUUGCUUCUCCAGCAGCAAACUCUGAUCUAUCCAUGGAUGGGAGUGUUGGCCCAGGCACUCCCAUAGAUCCUUUGCCACCCAAUGACUCUGUUACUGCGCCAAAUCUGCGCCCUCGACCGUUGACGGCCGCUGAGCGAAUGCGGAAUCUCCGUUGCCGGCAGAGAAAGAGGCGGGGCGACACUUUGAAAGAACUCAUGGAGGUCACCUCCCAGGCCACUAGCGAACUUGUCCGGACACUCUCCGACCUCACGCACAAAGAGGUAGCUUCCUUUGAGCGUGCUUACAAAGAGGACCUUGCAGCCCGCAAAGAUGAGAUGGAGCAGAGCGCUGAGGACAUUGGGAGACUGGUCAGUGCUCUGGAAUCCAGUGAUCAGACUCUGAAGGAGCAGCUGAGCAGCCAGACUAGCGUCUUACAGGGCAUAUUGGAGGUCAUGAAAGACAUACGGGGCCGAACGUCCUACAGUCCCCCUUACCCUUCACAGUAUUACGAUUUCCCCGGCCCGAGCAUAAUGCACACAGGAGGGGGCACUUCCUCAAAUGGCCAAGAAAUGCCAUGCCCCUCCCCUUCCAGCCUCGCGUUUGCUUCCCAGCAGCCGGCCACCAGCAACGGAGACGUCUCUCCCAGGAAACGGAUGAAAUAAAUGAGAAAGGCACUGUUUCUCUGCGGUCAUUGUGGAAACCAUCCUCCCAGCUCUUCUCUGUUAUUGUUAUGACAUAUAUAUACAUAAUUGCUUUUGUUGCUGCCUUUCUUAAUUGCAUAGGUAGAACACGUUCUCACCACAUCAUGUGUGUCGCCCCACAACUUUAAAGUUGCGGAAAUGGCUUCCAGCAGUGUACAAUUAGAUUUUUUUCUUUUGUUUUUUUUAUAGCAUACCUACAUUAGUUCCCUUUCCAUCAUUGUUUUCCAGAGGAAUGCAGUGUUUGAUGUAAAAGUGAAACCUUUUUUUUAAAAAAAAUACACUUAAUACAUUACCAGGGACCUGUAAAAAGGUAAUCUUUUAAGAGUAAUAAAGCUGCACUGUUGUUCCAAAUCCUUCCACAUGUGUUCUGAGAUAGUGCUUUGGGUUUGUAAGCACUACCACUGUACUGGGUCAAAUUGAUAUCCUGUUUGAGUCAGCCUUUUCCUCUUAACCAGAUUCUGCAGAAAAGCUUAAAGUGUGGGUAUAAUAUGGGCAGCUUUCAUCCUUGCUAUGAGCCCCAAGCAUCUAGUUAUUUCUGAAAAUGGAGCUGGUGGUCACUAGCUGCCAUGGCUUGCAUUCUAGUUCACUGCUUAAACCCUUCAAAAGGCCAUUUGUAGUAGUGGCAGUCAGGGCUGGUACUUACAUUAGGAAAAAAAAACUCCACCUCAGGCAGCAAAUUUCAUAUACAAUCCUCUCACCCUCCAAAACAACCAGGAGAGUCCAUGAUGUUUCCUUGAGAUACCAUGUUGACUGCUACAAACCACCAGCUUCUACUCAGCUUCUUGCUCAAAUGGAGAGUUAUAACUAGCAGUCUAUUUGGAAAGCAGCACUUGGCCACAAAAAAAUAAAACAAUGGCCUCUCCAGCUCUCUUAAGAAUUGAUACUGCCCUAAUGCUCUCUAUACAUUUAAGGCAAAGUGACCCAGUCUUACAGUGAGGCAUUUGAGCCUCAAUAGACCAUGGAGUGAGGAAGUGACUGUCUUUCAUUAAAGACAAUAAGAUACUUUGUAUUGCCUAACAAUGCUGUACAAUUGAAAUAAUAAAACUUGGAAGAGACCACGUAGGCCAUCCAGUCCAAUCCCAUUUUGCCAUGCAGGAAAAGCACAAUCAAAGCACCGCAGCAGAUGGCCAUCCAGCCUCUGUUUAAAAGCCUCCAAGGAAGAACCUUCCACCACACUCCAAGGCAGAGAGUUCCACUGCUGAACAGUUCUUACAGUCAGGAAGUUCUUUCUAAUGUUCAGGUGGAAUCUCCUUUCCUGCAAUUUGAAUCCAUUGCUCCAAGUCCUAGUCAAGUUAGCAGAAAACAAGCCUGCUCCCUCUUCCUUAUGAUGUUCUUUCAAAUAUUUAAACAUGGCUCUCAUGUCCCCUCUCGGUCUUCUUUUCCCCAAGCUAAACAUACCCAGCUCAUAGGGUUUGGUUUCCAGACCUUUGAUUAUUUUAGUCACUUUCCAUAUUUGUAGGUUUGACUUUGCAGAUUUGAUUAUUUGUGGAUUUGAUGAUAAUUCUAAGAAUGUCUAGGUCCUCCAGUGCAAGUCUGUGGUCAACUUCUGCCAAAAGUUGGCCUUAGAGAUACGCUGGAAGACAUAAAGAUUCCUAGAGAGAAUGUCUCACUAGGAAUCUAGCUGUUCCGGUGUAAUUCUGUGGUUAACAUCCAACAUAAGCUGACCAUAGAAUAUUGUUGAAAGACCUAGAGAUUCCUGGAGAUAUGUUAUCUUAGGCAAAAAAAAUCCCUUAGCAGUGUUUUUAUUUGUGGAGUUUUCACUUUUGCGGGGGUCCUUUGUCCCUAUCCCCAGCAAAUGUAAAGGGUUUGUACUGUUCAUUGAUGCAUUUGAACAGUUAAAGAUGCAAACUGUUUCCAAUGUCUUUUUGCUUAUUUUUUGUUUGUUCUUAUACUUCUCAUUGUGUAUCAUAUUUCAUUGUGUAUGAAAAGCUCUGUUUAGUGACCAAAUUAAUUCUCAUAGCACCAGACCUUGAAGCAUCUAGUCUAACCCCAUUCACAAUCAAAUCAUUCCUGACUGAUGGCCAUCUAGUCUCUGUUUAAAAAAACCACCAGAGAAGGAGGUUGCACCAAACUCCCAAGCAGUAUAUUCCACUGCUAAAGAGCGGUUAUUGCCAGGAAAUUCUUCCUAGUGUUUGCUUAUGGGCCUCUGUCUCAUGCAGGAACUGUUUUUCCUUUUAAGAAAUGAAUGUAGGAGUGAGGAUCUGAACCUUUUCUUUAUCUGUUACUCAGUUUCCUGUGUUCUCUUGGUUCCAGCUAACUCCUUUUCUAGUUUUGUGGUUCAGCUGAGAAGGAAAGCGACUGAUGAAAAAGGAGGGCCAAAAAGCAGAAGGAUUUAGUAGUCCUUGACUUUAGGAUUGUAUUCCUGUUGUGCGACUUCAAGCCAGAUCCAAUUUUAUGACAGAUCUAUCCUUCUGCUUUCUUGAAGGGAUUUGUUGAAAAGAGGGUUGCCAUUGCUUUCCUUUGAGGCCGAGAGUGUGUGACUUUCCCGACAUCAACCAGUGGAUUUCCAUGGCCAGAACCCUAAUCCAUUACUCAAAACAGCACACCAUGCUUUCUCUUAAUUAUUUUACUAGCUCUGUAUUUAAACAGAUCUGCCAUUGUUACUUUGGUUUUUACAUUUAUUUAUUAACAGUAGAGAACGGUCUGAAUGAGGAUUUGAGGAGAGAGGUUCUAACUGUGCAACAUUCCCCUUUUAUCAAUAAAGAUCACUGUUUCCAGUUA